GCGUCUCUGCCUUCAGAGGUCCAAUCAUCUCCAUUAGCAAACGGGGGGGGCGGGGAUCAACAUUUGACUCCUGGGUGGACAUAAAGGGAAACCCAGUUUCCUCGAAUGCAGCCCCCUCUACUUUACGGGGAGAAGCCAAGGUGGAUCCAAUUUGCCGACAGGCCGCCCUGUCUCUAAUGAUCAUCUCCAUCUGGCUUCCCGCACAGCCCUGACAGUGCACAGGCCUCUCGCCCCCCUGCCCCCCAAUCGCUCCCACACCACAUUCCCAGCAUGGGCUCCUUCGCUCCCUCCUGCCAGCAGGCCUCAGCCCCACUGUCAGGGCUGUGCGCUCAGGUGUCACUCAGGCUGACUGACAGAAGCUCUUAUUCCAAGUUUUACCGCCGGACUGAAACUUCUUUAGUUCCAAGUUUUUGCUACAUAUAAAUUUAAGUGCUUGUGGGAUAUUGUGUUUUUCGGGGGGCGGUGGGUGGGGGGGGAGAUGUUUUCAAUGAAUGACUGAUUCAGUCAAUGCCUCAAGUCCAUCUUCCUCAAAACCAUACGAUGCUGAGGGGCACUUUGAUCAAGGAGCCGCCGACAGACAGCCGCAUAAAUAAAAAGUAGAAGGGGCAUCGUAACGGAGGUAACGCGAGCCAGCAAAGCGCCUGAGAACCUCCAUCUCCUUCCACACCUGCGGGUGACUGUGCUAACCAGCGGCACGGACCUGCUCGCCGUCACACACGCACUGGGUGAGAGACGUGUGGUGCAUGUGUCCCCGCUGAAGACCAUGAGUGCAUCUGAGUCGCAGCAAACACCUACAAAACCACGGCUCUGGAGAAGCACGCAAAAGGAUACAUUCCUUCUGCCGCUGGAUGCUGACUGACUGACUAAAGGGUGUCUACAAAUGGAGGACACAGGAGGAUACUCCGACUAUGGCGACCUCGAUAACGACAGCUUCUACGAGGACUACCCGACGCUGUGCGACAAGCAGGACGUGCGCUUGUUCGGGGGGGCCUUCCUGCCCGUCAUCUACGGGCUGGCGCUCGUCGUGGGUCUGGCGGGCAACUCGCUGGUGGUGGCCGUGUACGUGCGGUACAAAAAGCUGAGGACCAUGACCGACGUGUAUAUCCUGAACCUGGCGGUGGCGGACCUCCUGCUGCUGUUCACGCUGCCCUUCUGGGCGGCCGACGCCGUCCACGGCUGGCAGCUGGGCGUGGCCAUGUGCAAGGUCACCUCCGUCCUCUACGAGGUCAACUUCGGCUGCGGCAUGUUCUUCCUGGCCUGCAUCAGCAUGGACCGGUACCUGGCUACGGCCAGCGCCAGGGGGGCCCCGGCGGCCCAGGGCAGAAAGCGGAUCGCGGUCUGCCUGACCGUCUGGGUGGCGGCCUUCCUGCUGGGAGUCCCGGACUUGAUCUUCACAACGGUCAAGCACACGCCCAGCCAGAAGGCCUGCAUCGCCGUCUACUCCACCAACAUGGCUGUGGCGACCAAGGCCGCGUUGGAGAUCAUGGAGGUGGUGCUGGCCUUCCUGCUGCCCUUCCUGGUCAUGCUGUUUUGCUACACCAGACUGGCGAGAGCCAUCCGCAGGCUCCCCGAGGCCAGGCAGGGGAGGAAGCGGCACGUCUUCAGGGUGCUGCUGGCCGUAGUGGGCACCUUCCUCCUCACCCAACUGCCCUACAAUGUGGUGAAGUUCUGGCGCGCCAUGGACAUCAUCUAUAACUUGGUGACGCAAUGCGAGAGCAGCAAGAGCCUAGACCGGGCCAUGCAGGUGACAGAGAGCCUGGCGCUGACCCACAGCUGCCUGAACCCUGUUCUCUACGCCUUCCUGGGCUCCUCAUUCCGGCAGUACCUCCUCAAGAUCAUGAAGGCCUUCGGCCAGCAGAGGAGGACCUGGCAUGGCCGGGAACAACCGAGGGAGGUGGAGAUCUCCCUCAACUCCCACGAGACGUCUGAGGACACCAGCCAGUUUACUAUAUGACCCUGAAGCUGCAACACACAGAUGUUUGAAACAGCUAAGUACAGCACCACCUAUUAUUGGGACUCGUCACCUUUUACGACAUAUAUCCUGUAUAACUUCCCAGUUCAUAGUGGUUUUUAUAAAAUGCAUUUGUAUAGUUUUGUAUCUAUGCCUGCUCUGUAAUUUUUUUAACUAAUAAAACUACUUUGUUUUCUUAA